UUCCCCCCGAGCGUCAGUCGGCGACGAUCCUCCGCGGAGACAAGGUGUGUGACGCUGCUCCUCCUUCCGAUUUCUCCUCCCGAUUUUAACUACUACGAAGACAAAGAAAUAAAAAAAGGAAAGAGAAGAAUGGAUUACGGGUUUUUCGGAUUAGUGAAAGAGGCGGAAGGAGAAGGCGAGAAGCCGCCGGCCUCCGUGUCCUUCGAGCGGCGGGCGUCGGGCGGCAAGGAGAGGCCUCAGCCAGCAGGAGGAGCCGAACCGAAGGGCCAGGAAACCGCGUCGGGAUGGCGGCCCAGAGAGACGCCCGAGGAGCUGGCGGCCUCCGGGUCCUUCGAGUGGCGGGGGCGUGGGGCGCGCGAAGACCCGCAGCCAGCAGGAGGAGCUGAACCGAAGGGCCAGGAAUCAGCGUCGGGAUGGUGGCCCAGAGAGACACCGGAACCGACAGAAUCCCAACCUCGUGAGCGCAGUCAGUCACAGCCUGCUUCUUCUGAAGAACAACAGACAGAAACUGAGGAAUGGGAAACACCAGACGCAGAGCAGCAGCAGCAGCAGACCCCAGCAGGAUGCAGGGCGAGGAAGGACAGCCGGACGGCAGAAUUGCCACUCAGCGACGAGGAGUGUCUCUGGACGAUGCUGAACCAGGCGGGCGCGAUGCUGAGCAUGAUAGCUGACUACAGGCAAAGGAGCAGCAGGAGGAAUGACCGCUUUCGUCACAGCGACUGCUACAUGCGCGUGCGGUAUCUGAAGGCCCUGCUAAGGAGUAUCCUGUGUUCCCUGUCCUCGAUGGCUGACGAGGACGGCGAGAGCAGCUGGGACAGCGGGGGGCGAGAAAGUUCCGCGUCCAGCAGUCAGAGGUCAGAGUGGAUGGAGUGCAGCCUCCGCCUGAUCGACUUCCUGGAGACGGGGCUUCCGAAGGCGGCAGUGGGCGUCACGGCAGUCAGCUGCAUCAUAGUGACCAUCGUAUUUAUGUUCCAUUUAUCUUUCGUGCUCCUCUUUUGUAUGUUCAUUCUCCCCAUAGUCUGAUUUUUUUCUCUCAUUUCCACUUGUCUCGCGACUUGCUCAACAGGUGGUGACUGCCACCUUUUAGGGGGGAUAUUAUGCAUGUGAAAGACUGGCUUCAUUUCAGAAAUUUCAUUUGCCUUAUUUCCAAUGAUAAAAAAGUGAUUAUACGUGUGUAUACAUAUAUAUAUGUUAGGAAUCUGUAUUUUUAAGACGGACUAGCUUUCCAAAUCGUUCUUUGAUUUGCUUUGAUAACAGCGACUGGAAAAGUGUAUUUUUUUAUGAAU